GCUUUCUCAUGCCUAAAUGUUGAUUUAAUAUUUGACAAACACGUUCAUUUCACAUGUUGGUGAACUUUGACGAUGUUUUCGUCGAUACUUGCAGUUUUUGGACGUACCGAACGUUCAUCGUCUCCCAAGCUCUUACGGCCACGUUUGAAUUCAGCUGCCUAAAAUUUCACUGUGGUAAAUGAUGCUGCAGGCUCCCCAUACACAGAAUUCAACACAUCUUAUUGCGUAUUGCCUUUCAAAAACAAAUAUUUAAUGACAUAUCGAUACUCGAUUUUGUCCACAUUCACAUCCACUCACCCAAACGAAUGUUACAUAACAACUGCACGUCCAAAAUGGCUGAAACCUUAGUGACUAACUGUCAACAGAUGAAGAACGAAGUUCGCUAGCUUUUAUUUACUUGUGCUGCCAUCUUCACGUCGAGGUCGGAAACUAUUCAGACAACCCUCGUAUAUCUAUUUGUUGGGGUACCAAAAACCAUUCUUCCUUGAACUGUCAAGCAUUAUUGCCAAGCAAGAUAUAAUUUUUAUUGAAGUGACAAUUUGUCUCAUAUAAAAGGAUAUACAUUACUAAUAGAGUUGUUGACACAAACCAGCUUAACGAAAUCAAAAGGGUAGUUUGUAAAUAGAAACUUUUCACAUAAGUAAUUGAUUAGACCAAAGACUAAAUAAAUAAUUUCUAUACAUGUCAUUUUUUCCGAAUAACUCAUAAUUUACUUAAAUGCCUUUAGGGAGUCUCCUGAAAGAUCUAACCGUAUAUUCGAUGAUAAGAAACAGUUUACCAUAGAAUAGUUGUUUAGAUGGAGGAUUUGCUAAAGGUAUCGUUUAUAUACAUAAGUGAAUUGGGGAGAUUGUUAUUGUUUCCUGACAGAGUUAUGAGAGUUGAGGAUCGAGCAGCAAAUAUAUGUACCAUUUUUGUCAGCAAAAAACUUGCCGAUUUUCUCAGUGAAAGUCAAAAUUCCCGACAGCCGCCACCUCAUGGUACAUUGCUGUUUGAUCCUCGCUCCGGUAAGGAAAAGCAUGACUGUAUGUGUAUCGAAGUUUUUACAAAAUAUUCGUCGUACAGAUGAUUGGUUUCUGUUUCGUAGAUUUGGAAAUGGAUGUGGAUUAGUUUGAGUGGUAUAUUAAAUUACUUUUAAUUUUUUGAAGUCCUUUUGAAUUGGUUAUAAUGGUAACCUAGGUACUUCUGUGAUCGCAAGAACUCCUAAUUUUAGUUAAAUAUGUUGUUGCCUUAUUUAAUAUUCAUGACUAGAGUGGCCUAAAUAAUGUUAUUGGUGCAGUAUGUUUUAGGAUACUGAAACAAUAAGAUUAUAAUAUGACAAAUAUCAUAGAUUCAAUAACAAUUAUCAGUAGCAUUGUAGAAUAAUAUUGUUCGAAUGAAUGUCGAUCUAUUAUCCACCUAAGUUCAAAGCUCAUAUUUCUUUACAAGGAUAAUUAAUCUUAUAGCUGUAGAUGGGGCCUAUGAUUAAUGCUUUAUUAACAAUAAUUUAUAUUUCUAUUUGCUGUGAAUCCGCAGGAAAUUGUUCCAAAAGUCAUGCUUCCAUAUCUAUAAAACAGGAAACUUGCUUCCACUUUUGUCUCCACCAUGGCGAGAACAAUUCUAAAUGCUCAUUUAGGGAGAAGAAAAAAUCGCAUUAAGACACAUAUGAACAUAGUCCAAGUCGCAUGUAGUAUGCAAGUGUAUAUACAAGGGUGUAUGGUAUAAUAUAUAUGGUUACCUAAACAAAAAGAACGACAUUGUUACUGGAUAAUGUUUCCUUUCAGAGGUUUCUCGAUAGGAAUCUUCUAAUGCACUAUUUUCAAGUGUCUCUUAUUCCUUGUUAUCUUAGUAAAUGGUAAAUACUCGAUAAAUAGAUAUACAGGGUGAUUCAGAAAACAGUGGCAAUAUUUCUCGGCCAUAAAUUACUUGGAAAAAUAACACGAAAAGUGCAUAUAAACAUGAAUCCUGAAAUACCCCCUUAACGGAAUACAGGGUAUCGAAGAUAUUCCGAUAUUGCCUUAACAUUUAAUAGUAUAGGAGCAAAACCCAUACAUAAAAAAUUAUCG